GAAUUUAAAUAAAUGUAGUUAUUCUGACCCCAUUCAGAAGGUGGCGGUAAUGCACCAUAAGUAGUUUGCCAACCGCCAAAGGAGAAGAAGAAGAGGAAAAUAAGCAGAAGGAAACAACGAAAUUUCACAGAUGUUGGUCCAAUAUAGGCUAAAUGUUGCCGUUGACACGUGUUUGGCGUGUUUAUUAGACAAACGACACACAAGGUAGGACACUUCGCUUACGUGUCUAGAGCCUAGACCAGCGAUAGCCUAAUAAUAGCCGGUUUCAUAUGAGCCUAAGUGACAAGGAGGCGUCUAGUUAUGUAGGUAGGCCGACCUCCGUUGGGAACAUGGAUUUUGGACUACAGUUGAGCUCUGGUUGUAACGUUAACGAUGCCGAAACACUGCAGGUUGACCUGCUGGUGAAAGAAGAAAACAUCAAAGAGGAAGAAUAUGGCCGUUUGAUAUCAUGUCAAGAUGAAGAAGAAAAGCCCUUUGGAGAGUUUCACUGUAACGUUAAAUCUGAAACAGACAAUUCAGAGUAUAACGUGACCUACUAUGAAACACGACACACUGAAGUGAAGAAGGAGGAGGAGGAGGAGCAAGAGGUUGAGUUAAAGGCAGAAUUGGAUGAGCAAGAGAACGAUGAUCAGCUGGAAUCUCAAUUAAGUGUAAGGUAUUGGGUGUCCUCCCUAGGCUCCAGUGAAACACUCCAGGCACCAGUGGAGAUUGAAGUGAAGAAAGAAGAGGAGGAGCAUCUUCUGGAAAGUGUAUCAGAACACCCAGACUGCCUGCAACAGAAGAUCCAUGGACAGAAUGAUGAACUCAACCUGCAGCUGCAAGAAGGGCUGCACCAAUGCACAGUCUGCAAGAAGAGUUUCACAGCCCUCACUGAACUCGAGAAACACCAGCAAAUACACACUUGUAGCAUUAAGCAAGACCAGAGCAUUGGCAACAAGACUCAUAAAUGUGUCCAUUGUGGAAAAGCAUUUGCAAUGGCAGCAUAUCUUCAAUGCCAUAUGCUUACUCAUACUGGAAAGGGGCUUCAUAAAUGUGCCCAUUGCAGAGAGACACCUAGAACAUCCUCAGAAAGAAAUAAGCUUCAUACAUGUGAAUAUUGUGGUAAAAGUUUUGAACGAAUUUCAGUUCUUAAAACCCAUAUGAUAGUCCACACUGGAGAAAAGCCUCAUAAAUGUGUCCAGUGUGGAAAAACUUUUUCGCAAAUUCAAAAUCUUAAAUGCCAUAUGUUGGCACACACUGGAGAGAAGCCCUAUAAAUGUGCCCAGUGUGGAAAAGCAUCCAGAUCGUCCUCAGAUCUUAAAAAACACAUGUUAGUACACACUGGAGAGAAGCCUCAUAAAUGUCCUCAGUGUGGAAGAGGAUUUCAACAAGUUGCACAUCUCAGAUCCCAUAUGCUAAUACACACUGGAGAGAAGCCUCAUAAAUGUGGCCAAUGUGGAGAAGCAUUCAGAUACCCCUUGAAACUUAAUCAGCACAUCAGGGCUCGGCAUUAACUUUACAGGCUCUCUUAAGAAAGAGAUUUGCUCUCGGGGUCCCCCUCUGGUUGAGAAGCGCACUAAUACAAAAAGUAGGAACAUAAUUUUGAACAAAGUAGGAACACAACUCCAAUAUGGCAUAGAGGGAAUGCAACGACAGCAGAAACAGAUCUCAGAAUUAAAGUAGCAGCAACUGGAAUCCAUGCAUUUCCACAGAAUUAUUUUUGGAAUCUGAUCCUUUAUCAUACCUGUUCAUUCGUACGUGUCGCUCGACUUAAUCGUGACUAA